CUUCGGCCCUAUUCUCUGUACCACCUGUUGGAUUCACAGACGGUGACUUUGAAGCUAUCUUUCGAUAUUUCCGACAGAUAGCCACUUUUGCUCCCUCUUGGCUUCACACACAGCUCCUUCAGAUGACUCAGAAAAUGGGGAAGGCGACAAAGAGGAAACCAGAAACGGCCGAGAAGGUGCGAGCUGAGAAGGAUAACAACAAACAGGAGACGCUGAAAAUGGCCGAAAGAAAACCACGAAGUCAGAUGCGCGAGAAGACAGAUGGCGUUCAAGAAACGCCGACGGAAGAGUUGUAUACCACCAACGAAAGUUUCUGCAUGGUUCUUCUCGUUUGCGUCAUCUUGAUGCUCGGCUUAGGCGUUCUGUUCCUGUGUUUUACCAGCAAGGAAAGUCCCGAUCCUUCCGCGAUGGAGCCUAAAGAGAGAGCCGAUGUAAAACCCAAGGAGGCCGACAAGAAAUGCGCCGACAAGACAGCCGCUCCGAAAGCCGACAUGUUGGAGGAGGAGAUAGAAGAGCUGGAGAAAUCUGACAAAUCGACGAAGGAAGAAAAGGUAGAAGAAAAAGCGCCAGCAGGCAAGGCCAAGCCUAAAGAAACGCCAAAGAAGCCCACAAAACAGAAGAAACCGCAGACUGUUUCUGAAGACAGCCUCCCGGAAGAGAUCAAAGAGUUUCAGCCCAGCAUACUGGAUCGCAUGAAGGUUCGAAACGUCAGUGUGGACGGCAGACAGCUGAGAUACAGGGAGGUCAAACCGACAAAAGACGUUGACACGAACGUGAGAGUUUACCUGUUUGACAACUUCCUGACUGCGCGAGAGUGCGAGGGACUGAUGGGGGCACACAGCCGUCAUGUGCAGGAGACGUCCAAGCAUGAUCCAAUCAUCUGCUUCGACAGCAUCAAAACGCUAAGAAAUCACCUUAAGGAUGCAGCGUUAAAGGUCAAGGUCAGCAGUCAGGACUUCACUGAAGGGACGAAGUGCCUGAAUGCCAGCCUCUCCAGCCAACUUAAACAACACCUGCACUGGAGCUACAGCACGUCCUUCUACCCCGGGGAGAGCAAAUUCAGCGCCACGUUUGAACGGAGGGUUGCCGCUGCCACGGGACUCAAACCAGAAAAUGGCGGGAAAUUCCAGAUAACGUCCUAUGCUCAGGGGAUAGGUUAUAAGAGCCACACUGACUGUGUGGUGGGGUCCAGAGACCAGAGGGACAGGUUUGCCACCAUACUGGUCUAUCUACAGGAUGUGCCAGAAGGAGGAGAGACCAAGUUCACAGAACUGGGCAUUGCAGUGAAGCCGACCAAGGGAAUGGCGAUAGUGUGGAACAACAUGACUCCCGAGGGGAACUGUGACCCCACCUCCCUCCAUGAUGCCUCCAAGGUCAGGAAAGGUCACAAGUUCAUCAUCCAAAGAUGGUAUUACUACAAGAGUUUCUACUCCCUCGGUAAGAGAUCGGCAGAACCCACGUUACCAGCGCGGGAGAGCGGCCAACCACGGGUCAGCUGUGACGAGUAUGAGCAUGGAAGCUGUCGCUGGUACGAUGAGUGGAAUUACGACCACAUUGUGGAGUACGAAGCACAGAAGAUAAACCUUUCUUGAUUGCAGAUGGAAUCAAGUAUUCUCAAUUUGUUGCCACUUGAGAGCCUACAGUGGUAGAACUGUCAUUCCGUGUAAAGAGACUAAUCUAAUCUGGAAAAUCAAUAUUAUUUAAUCUGGAGACCAGUUAACUUUAAUGUCAAAAUCAGAUUAUUUCUGUUUAUUGACACUGUAGCCUAAGUGUAGAGUCAGAGUCUGUAUAGACUGACUGAGAGUGGUAGCCUAAGUUAUAGAACUGUCAUUCUGUGAAGAUUAAAAGGUUGAUUAAAAUGACUGGUUCAUGGUUGUUUCAUGUUUUUUGUUUAAAUUUGAAUAUCUAUCUGUUAUGUUGAACUCCAGGCUAUACUAUGGACCAAAACUGUGAAAAACAGUCAUGAUAUUGUAUUAAAUUUGAAUAUCUAUCUGUUAUGUUGAACUCCAGGCUAUACUAUGGACCAAAACUGUGAAAAACAGUCAUGAUAUUGUAAUGGCAAUG